AUGGUCAAUCGUCCUCUCGUCCCUGGUGUCUACGUCCCUACUGUCGCGUUCUUCGCUGAGAACGAAGAUGUGGACGUCGCCACCGUCGAAAAACAUGCCGCCUACCUCGCAAAAUCUGGGGUCGCCGGUAUUGUCGUGCAAGGAAGCAAUGGCGAGGCAGUCCACCUCGACCGCGAAGAGCGCAACACCAUCACAUCUGCGACCCGUCGCGCCCUUGACUCUGUUGGCGCGACUUCCAUGCCCGUGAUUGUCGGCACCGGUGCGCCCUCCACUCGGGAGACUAUCAACCUCAGCAAAGACGCUGCGGCGGCUGGCGGUGACUAUGUCCUAGUCCUCCCACCAAGCUACUACAAGGGUCUUGUCUCAUCGGCUGCUUUACUCGAUCACUUCCGCGCCGUCGCAGACGCUUCUCCAAUCCCCGUCCUCAUCUACAAUUUCCCUGGCGCAUCUGCCGGGCUCGACCUCUCAUCUGACGAUAUCAUCGCCCUGUCUUCACACCCUAACAUUAUCGGCACGAAACUCACCUGCGGCAACACCGGUAAGCUCACCCGUAUUGCUUCGCAGGCUGGAUCUUCGUUCCUCACGUUCGGCGGCUCGUGUGAUUUCACUCUUCAGACUCUUAUUGGGGGAGGUGCGGGCGUUAUCGCCGGUACGGCGAAUCUCAUACCCCGCGCAUGCGUUCAAAUUAUGGAACUUUAUCGUGCCGGUCGCGUCGAGGAAGCCCAGAAGAUCCAGGCUAUCGUGGCUCGUGCGGACUGGCUCGCUAUCAAGGGCGGGUUUGUGGCGGUCAAGAGCGCACUGCAAUCCUAUCGCGGAUACGGACAGCAGCCGCGCAGGCCGUGCGUUGCACCUUCGUCGGAGGAAGCAGCAGCCUUGAAAGAUGCUUUUAUUGUCCAGCUAUCCGUCAUUGAUGCCCGAGGAUCUGGUAUUGGCUGGAACCAUCGAGUCACGAGGCUUGUACUGGUCGUUCACAAGCUCUCAGUGUAUGUAAAGACAGAGUGGGCCAUGGCUAUUGUUUUCGUCUUGCAUGAGCCCGUGUCGCGUGUACGCACGAGCUCCAAGGAGCUUUACAACCAUGCGCGGGGAAACUGGCCUGAGCUCGUGCGUUUUAUUCUCCGUGGCUGCUACGGAGUAUCCUUGUCUGAGAACCGGAUUGGACCAUUGGAUAGAGAGCAAUUGGAUCUCGAAGUUAUGCUCCGCGGUUUCUGGAAUCUCGAUGUGCAGGGUGGCCGCGGGAGCAUGCCAUUCCCGGCACCAAGCCAUGGUAUCAAAGCGGAAUGUCCCAUGGUCCGAGUGAUGGUUGUUUAUUAUAGUUCAACGUGGGGUUUUCGUCGUGAUGCGAGAAGUAGAUCGACGAUUCAACAUCAGGCGACAUCAGGCGAUCAGCUCUCCGAAGCUUCCCUGAGCUCUGUUAAUCAAGGCGCAACUCCGGACUACCAAAGAAUGGAGAAGAAGCGACCGAUAGCAGGCCAUGAAUAUCACUUUAAUGGUGUAGCAGCCAAGCCCAGAAUACGAGACGAACUGGUUUAG